CGUUAAGACGCUUAAUGACGCACCUGUAUAAAAUGUAGCCAAAAUAUUUCAAAUUUUAAAAACAUUUUAGGGGAAAUACAAAAGUGUUAUCGUUUGUAAAUAAUUUUAUUAUUGUCUAUAUAAGGAGACUGGACAUCAAACAACCCAGGUGAUACCUUAAAUUACAGGUAAAUUGAUACCAGACAGAUUACUUGUGCAGAAACCGUCAACAAAACACAAAGGCAGAUCAUUGAUUUAAAAUGGGACGCCCAGAAGAAGAAUAUGAAGUUUCACUGCUGACGAAGAUUGCAACGAUAGUUUUAAUUGUAACAACUUUGUUUCAGCUGAUAGGAUUUGCCUCGUCACACUGGGUGAUAUCUGUAAGUGCGGAAUAUGGCAUCAUCGAGUACUCGGGACUGUGGGAGAAAUGUGCGGACCUGUCCAUUGGUUACCAUGACUACAAGUGUGCCGGAUUUGUCUGGGAGGAUUUCCAGGUGUCCCAUUGGUUCCGUACGAUUCAGACAAUGGAGGCUAUGGGAUUCGUGGGCCUGCUGACAACUGUUGUCCUGAUCGGGGCCUACAUGUUUAGAACUCCACUCCAGGGGAAGAAGGGGGUCAAGAGACUCCUAGUCACCCUCUGUAUCCUGUGUGGGGUUUUGAUCGUGGUUUCCUGUAUCAUAUUCGCGUCCCUGAAGAACACCCUCCGAGCGCGACACAUGCCGGGAUCUACAGCGGAACUCUCCUGGAGUUUCUACUUCAGUCUCGUGGGUGGACUCGGAUCCAUCGCGACUUCCUUCCUCAUCUGCUUUGGAUGAAUGCCUUCAUACAAACAUCAAAACUGCUAGUGUAUAUAUCACAAAGGAAUCACAUAUUCAGCGACUCUUUUUAUAUUCGUUUCUACAAACUGCUUUGAUAUGACAUAUUCAUGUAGAGCAAGUGUAUAAACAGGUGCAAACUGAAAGUACAUGUAAUAAUGUAUAUGCAUGAUUUUAAUAUAUCCUUUCCAUUCAUUCCUUCAUUGUACAAACCGUUGCUUCAUCUUUUUUUAUGUACACUCAUUGUAUGAAGCCAUAGGCAUAAUUCAGCAAAUCACUAUAUAGAACGUGGAAAAAUUGUAUUUUUGAUUGGAUUCAUUCUCCAAAGACUAAUUUACUUUUAAAAAUCUCAUUGCCAUGGUUAUGUAUAUUUUUUUUUUACAUGUUUACAUCAGAUCACUGGAGGAAAAGAAGCAUAUCUGUAUAUAAAGUUUUUAUUAUUACCGGGCAUACUUGUAUAUAAUUUUAAUAUUAAUCAUCUGACACAGUAUCACUGCUGAAUUUAUAAACAAGGGAUAUUCAGGGAUACUCAUUAUUUAAUUUGUAUAAAUGUAACAAAAGAAAUAAAUUUUGUAAAUUUA